AAAUUUUCAUAAAAUACCAACGUUUCCUUAAAAAUGAAAUUUUUUGCCAUAACUUUCUUCAUGGUAGUUAUAACAGGAGGUGAGGUACAAGUUCCGCCUGGAUAUCGACGCUACGAUGACAUGAUUCUACCCGAAAACUUCUUCGCAAACUCAUCCGACAACAGGAAUGCGGUCCCCAGUAAAAGUUUAACUUGGCCUGGAGGAAAAAUUCCUUACGUGAUUGACACCUCACCUGCACAAAACAAGCAACAAAUUUUGCAAGCUAUGCAACACUACCACGCAAAUACCUGCGUCCGUUUCAUACCUCGAACGAAUCAGUACAAUUAUGUAAAAAUUUUUGCUGGUGAGGGAUGUUACUCUCUUGUGGGCGUGUCUAACGGGGGCCAGCAACCGCUAAGUUUAGGAACGGGUUGUACCGAUCAUGGCACCAUCGUGCAUGAACUAGGCCACGCACUGGGAUUUUAUCACGAACAGAAUCGCAGUGAUCAGAGUAUUGGCCACAAUUUGAAAAGCUCGAACCUCACCAAAAUUGGCUAAUUAAUGGAUUUGACGUAUCGAGUAUAAUGUUGU